CUUGUCCAAUCGUACACCUCAAUGAAGCAUCCAAAAAACUGUCAGAGAAAAAAAAAACUUAUCUUUCACUCCCACAUUUUAAAGCUUCCAUCUUCCUUUUUAUCUCUUCCUUUUUUACAACUAUCAUCCCUUCUUUUUUUCUUUCUUCUCCAGUGUUUUUAUCACUCAUUCAAUUCAUCAACUCAUCUCUGUUUUCUCUUCCAUUCUCUCUGCAACUCUCUUACUCUGGUUUUUCUCUGUUCUUUUUGUCCCACCCCAUGUAAAAAUGGAAGAAGUAGCUCAAGCCCCACCUUCCAUGACUGCUCGUUUCACUGACUGGUUCAAUGGAAGGAGAGAAAUCAAUUUUAAGAUCACCACCACCACUACCACCAGCAGCAACAAACACAAAAGCUUUACUUCAACUUGAUCUAGAACUAGGACCAAGACUGAUGACAAAUGGAAAAUCAUCAGUAUUUACUUUUCUUCAGUUACAAGAGUUUGAACAUCAAGCUCUAAUCUAUAAACACAUGGCUGCUGGUGUACCUGUGCCAUUUCAUCUUGUUGUUCCCAUUUGGAAAAGUCUUGCUUCUUCUUUUGGUUCUCUUCAUUCUGGUCUUUACCCUAGCUUUAUGGGUUGCAAAGGGAUAUACUUUGAUUACAAAAACAGUAUGGAACCUGAACCAGGAAGAUGUAGAAGAACAGAUGGUAAGAAAUGGAGAUGUUCUAAAGAUGUUGUCCCAGAACAGAAGUAUUGUGAGAGACAUAUGCAUAGAGGUCGUAAUCGUUCAAGAAAGCCUGUGGAAAUUCCUUAUCAAAAUGCUGCUUCAUCUUCAUCUUCUACUGCUAAUGCUGCAAAUGGAAACACGGGUCUUUCAAUUUCAAUCCCACUUCAACUCAUGGCAAACAACAGCAGUUGCACCACCACUUCAACGUCUAACAAUAACACCACCACCACCACUGCUGCUACUGCCACUGGAUUGGAUUUCUCACCAAAAAGUGUUCUUCAAAAUGGUGGUAAUAACUCUAAAAAUGAAUCAUGAAUUUAGAUUGCAGAUGUUUUUAGAUUUGAUUUAGUGGUUGGUUGUAUGGGGAGUAGUUAAUGGUUGAUUUGAGAUGUUGUUUCAAAGAAGAGAGACAAGAGUUUUAGUUGUUGUUUGGUGAGGGGGUAUAAUGCAAUUUGGCUCCACCACCACCACAACUAUCUUUGCCAUAAAGAGAUUUUCUAAUACUUUGAUUGUCUUUUGUAAAUCCUUUUUUA